GAUUAUUAUUAGUGACAUUAACCAGAAGCUUUAGUCACAGGAUCAUUAAAGAUUUAUAAACAAGUUAAAUUAAUUUACUUUACAUAGGUUAAUUGUCUUGGAGCUGCCGCUAGUUUGACCAAUCAGAAUAAUGGAUCACGAUGAGGAUAGCAGUGAUAGAGAUUGCGGUCUUGUUGAAUCUGAUGAAGAAACUCGAAUGGCUGAAAAGGAAUUGGCUGAGGAUGCACAAUGGAAAAUAUUCCAGAAAAACACUUUCACGCGUUGGGCUAAUGAGCAUCUGAAAAAAACUGAUCUUCUUAUUGAAGAUUUAGAGACUGAUUUGAGUGACGGUCUUCGUCUAGUUGCUCUUGUCGAAGUCUUAUCAGGACAUAAGUUUCGACACGUUAACAAAAGACCAACGUUCAGAACUCAAAAGCUCGAAAAUGUAACUACUGUUUUAAGAUAUCUGGAAGAAACUGAAGGCUUGCGCCUCAUCAGUAUAGACAGCAGCCAUAUUGUUGAUUGCAACUUAAAGCUCAUACUUGGUUUAAUCUGGACCCUUAUUUUACAUUACUCUAUAUCUGUACCUCUAAUAGCAGAUGAAGAAAACGUCCUCCAAGAUGAUAGAAGCCAAACUCAAGGUCCUAAACAGCGUUUGCUCAGUUGGGUCAAACAGAAAUUGCCAAUAAUCCCAAUUCGAAAUUUCACCACAGAUUGGAAUGAUGGUAUAGCUAUUGGAGCUCUCGUUGAUGCUUGUGCUCCUGGACUUUGUCCGGAUUGGCCUCACUGGGAUCAGCAAAAUCCUUUGCGUAAUGCCACGGAAGCUAUGACAGCUGCAGAUGACUGGUUAUCUAUCCCCCAGUUAAUUCGACCAGAAGAAAUGAUUGAUCCUAAUGUUGAUGAAAAGUCGAUGAUGACUUAUAUUAGCCAGUUUCCCAAUGCUUGUUUAAAAGAGGGUGCACCACUGCGAGCUAAACUGAAUCCUUCGAAAGUACGCGCAUAUGGUCCAGGCUUGGAAUCAAAUGAAAAUAGAAUUGGUACACCGGCUAAAUUCUAUGUAGAAACAGCUCAUGCUGGCAGAGGUCAGUUGGAAAUACUUGUAAUCAAUUGCAGAGGUGUCAGAGAAACGUGUGAAGUGAUUUUCGACAACGAAACAAAUCAAACUUACUCUUGUGUGUAUGAACCACGUUUAGAAGGUGAAUAUCGUAUAGUUAUAAAGUAUGGUGGACAUGAGAUACCUAAUUCACCUUUUCGUGUUAAUGUCAAGGGAAUAUUUAUAGACCCAAGUAAAGUAACUGUAAGCGGUCCAGGACUACAAAAUUCAGAACUCAAUUGUGUUGGUCGUCGUACUCAUUUUAAUGUACACACUCAGAAUGCUGGAAAUGGAAUAGUAGAUUGUUACAUUGUUGAUCCACACGGCAGAACUGAUACUGUCAAACCACGUAUUACUUGCCCCGGUGGUGAUGGGUGUUUUAUUGUUGAAUAUACACCAAAAGAAGUUGGUGUCCAUCAAGUAUUUGUACAGUUUGCGGAGAAACAGAUACCUAAUUCACCAUUUCAAGUUGAAAUAGCACCUAGAGAGUCUGGUAAAGCUGCAGCAAUCGCUGCUCUUUCAGCAGUUAUACAAAAUUCAACAUUCAAUCAAAGUGCUAAACAAUCUAUACAUAAUGAAGUACCGGAAAUAAAGAACACUUCAAGACAGAAUGGUUUUCAUGAAAAUCCUGAUGUUGCUCUUGUGGAAACAUUUGAUAAUAUGAAUGUAGAAAAUGGAACUGUCUCAUCUGAUUCUUUAUUGAUGAAUUCAUCUGAACGUAAAAAUGAAAAGAAACAGUUAGUUGAUAAUUCUGUCAAAGAAGAAUCAUUUAUACACGAAAUAAUUGAAGAAGUUCAUCCUGAGUUAGCUUAUGCUACUGGAAGAGGUAUACAAGCUCGUGGUAUACGUGUACAAGAUCGAGUGAAAUUUUCUGUUCAUACUGAACGAGCUGGUGAUCAAGCUCCACUUGCAGUUACAAUGACUCGUGCAGACGGUCAAAGUGAACCCGUGGAAAUUCAUCAGAUUGAUAAGUUUUUAUGGGAUUGCUUCUACAAUCCACAGCGACCUGGGAAGUACACACUUAAUGUACGUUAUGGCAAUGGACAUAUUCAACAUAGUCCUUAUACUAUUGUUGUAGGUCCACAUAAGAAAUCUGCUAUUCGCGCUUUUGGACCAGGCUUAGAAGGCGGUGUUGUCAAUCAUCCCAAUUUAUUUACAAUCGUGUGCAAUGGAGAUGGUUCUGGAUUAGGUUUUUUGAUUGAGGGGCCUAGUGAGGCUAAAGUACUGUGCCAAGACAAUGGAGAUGAUUCUGCUCAAGUAACCUAUACGGUUUCACAACCUGGUGAAUACGCAGUUCAUGUUACAUGUUUCGAUGAAGAUAUCCCUGGAUCACCAUAUAUGCCUAUAAUAACUCCUUGUAUUGAAGAUAUUCAUUCUAAUAAGUUGCGUGUUUAUGGUCCUGGUGUUGAAAAAAUGGAUCUUAGUAUCGGUCAUUCGACGGAAUUUUAUAUUGAUGGUUUACAGGAUGCUGUUCCUCCUCAACUUUCACGUUCCCUGAAGGAUUCUCUGUUGCACGUAGAUUGCCAUGAUACUACAGGUAAUCCAGUGCCUGUCCAAUCUAGUAUACGCUCUGAUGGCACUGUAGUUUGUACAUACAAACCUAUGUCUCCUGGGAUUCAUACCGUAUAUGCUUCAAUAGCCGGUAUAUCUCUCAAAGGCUCACCAUUCAGGGUAACCGUUGCUCCAGAAAUUCAACCAGAUAAAAUGAAAUUAUGGGGUCCAGGUUUACAAAGUGCUACCAGAAAAAAACCAGCUCAAUUUUUCAUUGAUCCUCAAGAAGUGUUUUCUGGUGAAAAUGAAAUUGAACUAAUGGCCAAUAAUCCAGUUUCUGUUAAUAUUGUAAAUGAUCAAGGUCAUACGAUUCCAACACGUUUAAGUAAACAAUCCGAUAAUACUGUUCGUAUUGAAUAUACACCAACUUCAUUAUGUACAAAUGUGCAUAUAACACCUUUAAUAGGUGGUACACCAGCGAAAUCCUCUAUACAUGUACCCGUUGCAUGCGGCUUUGAUAUUUCAAAAAUUAAAGUUCAAAAUUUAGAUACAACCAUUAAUUCACAUUCAACUAAUCAAUUUAGGAUUUACACUAAAGAUGCUAUAGAUAUAUUAGAUCAUUUAAUUGUAAAAAUUCAGUCUGUAGAUAAUCCUGAAAUCUGUUUACCAGUUAAUCUAAACGUUGAAACAACUGAUAGUAUUUUAUGUACAUUUACAAUCAAUAAUAACACACCAUGUACUUGUUAUAAUGUUCAAAUUAUGGUAGAUAAUGAGAAUAUUCUCCAUGAGAUGAAUACAAUUAAUGUGGUGAAUAAUGUAGAAUCAACUGUUGUUGACCCUAAAAACACUAACGAUAUUGAUUUGUACAGUUGUAAACCUAAUGCGAAAGAAUUACACCAAACGAGGAUCCCUGGUGAUAAUAAUAGUAAUAAUAUUUCUUAUAUGGAAAUUAAUAAUAACUGCUUUGAUGAGUCAACAAAAGACAAUUCAUAUGGAAAAAUUAAUGAUAUCUUAGAAAAAAUAGAUAAUCAACUUCAUGCAAAGAAAUCCUUCAUUAAUGGUGAUAAUCAUGCAUAUUCAAGUUGUCCUCAUGAAAAUACUCAUAGGAUUUUUGUUACUAAUGGUUAUUUGAAAGAAUUUGAACAGAAUAAUAAAAUGGAAUUGCUUCAACAUAUGAAAUGUAACAACCAUUUAACAACUUCAUUAAAUGAAAACGAGUUAACAAUUAGUGCUGAUUGUCAUUUGGUUAAUCAUGAUGAUAGUAAUAAUACUGCACAUAUUACAAACUGUACUCCACUGUCACCAGUUCAAAAAUAUCCUCCCAGGCCAUUUAUAACUGAAGAGGAGAAAACUGAAAUAAUAGCCAAAAGUAAAUGGCCUCAAUCGAUGCCGGAACAACACGCUUAUCAAAUUACAGCUCAAGGUUCAGGACUUGAUAAAGCUAUUGUUAAUGAACCAGCUGAUUUUGUUAUUAAUAGUGAAAACGUUCCACCUGCUCCAUUGAGUGUAACGAUUGCUGGACCAAGUGAAGCAAAAAUUCAUUGUAUAGAUAAUGGGAAUGGAACAUGUGGUGUCAACUAUACACCAUUACUACCAGGUUGUUAUACUAUAAAUGUGGUGUAUAAUGAUGAAUCACAUAUAUCUGGUAGUCCAUUUUUUGUUCAAGCAUAUCCCGCUGAUAAACCAAAUUUAACAGUAGACGAUGUCAUCUGUUAUGGAGUUGGAGUAGAUUCUUCUAAUGAAGUUCAUAAAGCUUCCUACGUCAAGUUCACUGUGGAUGCAUCGGCUAUUGAUGCACACUCUGAAGGAACUGUCACAGCUGUUCUUACUGGUCCAGAUAAUGGAAAAUCAGCCUGUCAAGUGUUAAGCAAUAAAGAUGGAACAUAUGUUUGUAAUUAUACUCCAUUGGAAGAAGGUCAACAUAAAAUACAUGUAAAUUAUGAAGGUUUACCAGUACCAGGAAGUCCCUUUCAUAUUAAUGUUGUUCCUGGCUGUGACCCGAGUCGUGUAAAAGCCUAUGGACCUGGUUUAGAAAAUGGACCCCAUUUAAAACCUGGUGUGCAGACAAGUUUCACAGUAGACUUAACCGGAGCUGGACAAGGUGGUUUAGGUUUAGCUGUUGAAGGUCCAAGUGAAGCACCGAUCGACUGUCAAGAUAAUCGUAAUGGUACAUGUACUGUUUACUAUACCCCAUCUGUUUAUGGCUCUUAUGCUGUAUAUGUACGAUUCAAUGAUGUAAAUGUUCCAGGAAGUCCAUUUAAUGUAAAUGUUAAUCCGAAAGUUGAUCCCAACCAAGUUAGAUGCUAUGGUUCUGGUCUAGAAUCGGGUUUAUUACGUGCUGGAUGGCCAGCCUACUUUACUGUGGAUACAAAAAAUGCUGGUGAUGCACGCCUAAAGGUUAUGUAUACUCCUAAAUCUGGUGGGGAAUUAUGUCCUGCAAUUGUCCAACCUUUUGGUGGAGGAUCAGAAAAAGACUCAACUCAACAACAUUAUUAUAAGGUUACAUAUACUCCUGAAACAGAUGGUCCUUGUCGAAUUGAAGUCACCUAUGAUGAUGUUCAUGUUCCUGGCUCACCAUAUGUUGUGAAAAUAAGAAAAGCAUCUGAACCGAACCUUGUUCGUGUUCUAGGUGCUGGUAUUAAAGGUCCUGUUCUUGCUAGUCUACCAGCAACUUUUACAGUUGAUGCUCGUGAAGCUGGUAUGGGAGAUUUAACUUUAGGAAUUACUGAUCCUAAAGGACAAUCUGUCCCAGUCCGAGUUGUAUCAGUGCCUGUAGAUAGUGAAUCUGUUGCUACUAAUGGAGUAGUCCCAUCUGUAACAAGUUUAGCCUCUGGUGAUGUUAGUGAUACGGGAUUAUUAUCUUGUACAUAUGAACCAUAUUUAAUUGGACCCCAUAAUAUUCAUGUUAUGUUUGCUGAUUCUGAAGUGGUGGAUAGUCCAUUCACUGUUCACAGUGUAGCUACUGGUCGAGCUGAUUUAUGUGAAAUUAAAAGUGGUAUAAAGAAAGUUAUACCAGUUGGUAAAGAAAAUGUCAUUAAAGUGGAUACUUCAUUGGGUGGUAAAGGUCGUUUAACUUGUCAAGUUAUUCAGCAUCCAAUUAAACAAUCUUCAUCUGCUGCUACUCUUCUCCCGGUUGAAACAGAACAUAAUGGUGACGGUACUACAUGUGUGUAUUAUACACCAACACAAUUAAGUGAAUUAAAUGUGGAAUUGCGUUAUGGUGGUCAACUGAUUCCUAAUGGUGAAUUUGUUCAGAAAGUAGUCUCCCCUGAAGAUAUUAUAGAUGAAAAUUCUCAUUCGAAUAUGUACCGACCUGUUGUAUUUCGUCUGCCAGCUCCUCGAAAUAAAGCAAAAAUUGAAGCCAUUGUAUUACGUCCGUCAGGUUUGCAACAACAAGUUCCAGUUAAAAUGAAUGAUGAUGAAACAAUUACUAUAACAUAUGAUCCUGUUGAACAUGGAAUGCAUGAAUUACGUAUAAAUGUUCAUUCACCUGUAAAAUCUGGUUCACCAGACAGUACAAUCUCUAUGCCAUUACAAGGUAGUCCAUAUAAAUUUUAUGUGGAUAUUACUGGUACUGGUCGAAUUACUGCAUAUGGUCCUGGUCUUAGUCAUGGUAUAACUUCUCAAUUAGCUGAGUUUACUAUUGUUACUAAAGAAGCUGGUGUUGGUGGUUUGUCGGUGUCUGUAGAAGGUCCUUCCAAAGCGGAAAUACAAUGUGUGGAGAAUGCUGAUGGUACUUGUAGUGUCAGCUAUUUGCCACUUGCACCUGGUCAGUAUACAAUAACAAUUAAAUUUGCAGAUGAGCAUAUACCUGGAUCGCCAUUUAUCGCUAAAAUCACAGGUGAUUUAUUGAAACGUUCUCAAGUAAGCAUGGGUGCGCCAAGUGAUAUUGCUUUGGAAGCUGUUGAUGAAGAUAUUGCCACUUUAACAGCUAGUGUUCACAGUGCAUCUGGUCGAGAAGAGCCAUGUGUAUUGAAAAGUUUGCCUAAUAAUCGUUUAGGUAUUUCAUUCACUCCUAAGGAGGUUGGUGAACAUCUGGUUAGUGUAUUUCAAGCAGGAAAGCAUAUAGCCAAUAGCCCUUUUCGAAUUCGUGUUUCUGAUAAAGAAAUCGGUGAUCCACGACGUGUACGUGUUAGUGGACCAGGUUUAAUAUCUGGUUUAUCCAAUAAACCUAAUCAAUUCACAGUGGAUACACGUGAUGCCGGUUAUGCUGGUUUAAGUCUCUCUAUCGAAGGUCCAAGUAAUGCGGAUAUAGAAUGUCACGAUAAUAAUGAUGGUACAUGUACUGUUAUCUACACUCCAACGGAACCUGGUCAAUAUGCUAUCAAUGUAAAGUAUGCUAAUGUUCACGUCCCAAAUAGCCCAUUCUGUGUUGAUAUCGGUGGAGAACCUUCAAUGAAAAUGAUGGAACGAAUUACUAGACGACGUGAAGCAUCAAAAGUUACAUGUGUUGGCAGUCGAUGUGAAUUAAGUCUACGGCUUACAGACACAAAUCCAAAUGAUUUAUCUGCUACAAUCACUUCACCUUCUGGUCAUACUACUCGUUGUGAAAUUGUUCCCAUCGAUAAUGAACAUUAUAACAUUAAGUUUAUACCACAAGAAAUGGGUGAACAUUUAGUAACUGUUAAACACAAAGGAAUUCAAAUAUCAGGGAGUCCAUUCCACUUUACCGUUGGUCCAAUCACUGAUGGUGUAGCUAACAAAGUUAGAGCAAUGGGUUCUGGUCUUCAAGAAGGAUGGACACAUAUUACUAAUGAAUUUUCAAUAUAUACACGCGAAGCAGGCGCUGGAACAUUGUCAAUAGCAAUGGAAGGUCCUAGUAAAGCAGAAAUUGAUUGCGAUGAAAGACGCGAUGGUUCUUCAGCUGUACUGUAUCGUGUUACAGCACCAGGCACAUACGUCUGCUCACUUAAGUUCAAUGAUGAACACAUUCCUUGUUCCCCAUUCCGUAUACAUGUUUCUGACUCCACACAAACUAGACGUAUAGCAUCUUACAUUCUACCCUCUCGUACCACUGAUGUCCACUCUGCUCGCAGUACAUCCAGUAAAGAAGAAACACUUCGAAUUGGACGUCCAAUAGCCUUCACUGUACAUCAUGUUGAAACCCCUGGAUAUAUUUUAAAAGCAAAAGUAUCAACUCCUUCAGGUACUCAUGAAGAUGCUAUUGUUCAACCUAUUGAUCCAGAUCAAUUUGUAAUCCGUUUUGUUCCACGUGAAGGUGGUCCACAUCUAGUUCAUGUACAUUCUGUACCUAUAAAGGAUUCAAAUAAAGCUGAUUGGAGUUUUGGUCCAAAUUCAUUGUAUAAAUCAAUUCAAGGUUCACCUUUCCGCCUUGUAGUUAGUCAGCAUGCUGCCGAUCCAGGUAUGGUAUGUGCUUCUGGAGAAGGAUUACGUAAAGGAAAAGUUGAUGUGAAGAAUUCCUUUUUCGUUAAUACUACUAAUGCUGGUUGUGGUGUACUAAAUGUCACAGUCGAUGGACCAAGUAAAGCAACUGUUACUAGUCAAGAACAUGAUGAAGGUUAUGCAUUUUUCUAUACACCAACUGUUCCAGGUAUUUAUGAAAUAACUAUUAAAUAUGGUGGUAAUUUUCAUAUAAGUGGUUCACCAUUUCGAGUUGAAGUUACAGGAACGCCUAGAUCAGAAGUUACUGAUUCUCGUUCGGAAGAUCGUCAAUCAAAUGUUACUUUAGAAACUGUUGGUAAAACAAUGACAGGAGUGUCAGCUUCAGCUGAACUAGAAAAUCACUGCUCAGGAUCUCAUCCUGAAUUAGUCACAUGUCAAGGACUUGGUUUAAAAUAUGCAGAACGUGAUCGUCUGAAUUGUUUCAAUGUUGAUGCAAGCCAAGCAGGUAAUGAUGUUCUACUUAUUGGUAUUUGUGGUCCGAAACAAGCAUCUGAAGAAGUGGUCGUCAAACAUUUAUCCAAUAAUCAAUACACUGUGUCAUAUCGUGUAUUUCAAAGUGGUAAACACUUUUUAGUAAUUAAAUGGGGUGAUCAAGAUAUACCAGGUAGCCCAUUCGUGAUUGAUAUCCCUUAGAAACACAAUUACAAACUGUUUAUAACAAUAAUACUUAAAUCAGCGUAAAUAAAAUAAUUAAUUAAUUUAAUUAACGGAAUCAUUUCACAUAGAUAAGUAUGUUUGUCUAUGCGUGUGUGUGUAUGUGUUUGUGUGUGCUACUUUUUGUGUAUCUUCUUAAAUUGUCAAUUUCUUGAUGCCUCUCAUAAACUUGUUUCUUGUUUAAAUCUCCUCACUUACGAAAAUAAAACUGCACAAAUUUUGCUUGCCAUCAGUAAGCCAUAUUAGUCAGUCACAUACACAUUCGAAAAUGCAGCAUAUUCAUUAAUAUUGUAUCGUUUCUUUUUUUUGUUUUAAAAAAUACCAAACAACUGUCAAGUGCCUUUCUGCAUAAAAAUGUUACCUGCUUUCUUCAUUGUCUGCCUUAUUAUGAUUAUUAUGAUCACUUUCGUUACCAUUACUAAGGUUUGUACAAACCAAAUGCCUACCAUUCAAAUAUUAUUCCUUUUUUUAUUUUCGUAUACACUUCAUAAAUCUUCUUUAUGUUACCAUGCACACACACACGCACAUACACACUUUAUACGUAUUAAAUUCAAUCGUUUUUCUGUUUAAUCAUUCAACAUAUACAACAUGAGAUCAUUUCGAUUCUUCUGUUUGUUUCUGAUUUUGACGACAAAGUCGAAUGAUUUAUAUGUGUAAUUCUCAAUUUUAAAAUAAAUUGGUACUAUUCAU